AUGAAAGUUUUACUUCAUUUUCUCGUUAUCACGUCAAUUGCAACUUUAGCAAAUACAUAUAAUUUUUCAGCUAAUUCAAGUGAGUUCCAAUAUCAAGGAGUCAGUAUAGGCGGUUGGCUAGUCUUGGAGCCCUAUAUAACGCCCAGUCUUUUUAAACAAACGCUAGCUUCGGGAGAAUCGGAAAGCGAUCUUCCUGUUGAUGAAUACCACUUUUGUAAGAAGUUAGGUCAAGAAGAAGCACAGAAACGUUUAACCACCCACUGGAGCACGUUCUACAAUGAAACAGACUUCCAAGAGAUCAAGCAACAUGGGUUAAAUAUGGUGCGAUUGCCAAUUGGGUAUUGGGCGUUUGAAAAAUUGGAUAAUGACCCAUACGUUUCAGGAGCCCAAGAGUACCUUGAUAAGGCCAUUGAAUGGAGCUCCAAGUAUGGUUUAAAAGUUUUGAUUGAUUUACAUGGUGCGCCCAACUCUCAAAACGGGUUUGACAACUCUGGCUUGAGAAAUAUUGGAUUUCCAGGCUGGCAAAAUAAUACUGAGUUUGUGGACCUAACGGUGAGAGUUUUGAAUCAAAUAUAUGAAAAAUAUGGAGCUAGCAACUAUAGUGAUGUGGUUCUUGGAAUAGAGGUUUUGAAUGAACCACUUGGUCCCGUAUUAAAUAUGACUGAGUUGAAAAGUUUUUACUUUGCAACUUAUAACAACUCGAGAGAAAUACAAGAGGUUAACAACACUAUAUUUUUCCAUGAUGCAUUUCAACCAAUUGGAUACUGGGAUGAAUUUUUCGACAAUGGUGAAAUCGGUCACUUCAAUAAGUCGUUGAAUCGUACCGGUGCCCCUUCCACCACUAUUGAUUCAACAUUUUUUAACAAUUUGAUUGUAGAUCACCAUCACUACGAGGUCUUUGCAAGUUCGGUGGCCGAUAACAUAACGCAACACCUUGUCAAUAUCAAAAAUUAUGCAAAUUCCAUUGCCAAUGAAACACAAAGAGCCAUUGUAGGAGAAUGGUCGGCAGCUUUAACAGACUGUGCACCAUGGUUAAAUGGAAUUGGCUUAGGUUCAAGAUAUGAAGGAACUGAGCCUUAUACUGAUUAUGACCGUGUAGGAAGUUGCUCAGCAGUGAACAAAAACCCACAAAAAUGGUUUAAGCAUCAAAAAAAAAAUUAUAGAAAAUUUAUAGAAAUGCAGUUAUAUCAGUACACUGAAAACACAAGUGGAUGGAUCUUUUGGUGUUGGAAAACCGAAGGUGGUGGUGCUACUACUGAAUGGGACUUUAAGCAAUUGGCGAAAUUGGAUAUUAUGCCGCAACCAUUGGACAAUUAUAAAUACAUAAAGAAUGGGGUGGACGUCAGCUCCAGCUCUUCUGGUACCUUACAAUCAAACAGUGUGCUUUCUGCCUUAUUAGUUAUGAUAACCUUUAUAAUGUCAGUCAAUGUUGCUAUUAUUGGGUCUGGUGUUGUUGGAUCUGCGUUCAUAAGGCAAUUGAAAAAUUUAAAGUGUAAAAUCGCAUUCAAUGUGGUUUACUUGGCCAAAACUUCCAAAAUAGCCCACUACAGUAAGGACUAUAAACCAGUUGAUUUGGCAAAUUUGGAAACUGCACAGGUGCAACCAACUCUCAGUUUAGAUGACUUGGUCCAGUUUUUGAAAAACGCCCAUAGACCAACAAUUUUAGUCGAUAAUACAUCAGAUGAAACCAUUGCCAAUUACUACCCAACUUUUAUCAAACAAGGAAUUUCAAUUGCCACGCCAAAUAAAAAAGCAUUUUCUUCAACAUUGAAGAUCUGGAAUGAUAUUUUUACCAAUGCAGAACAGGACGGUGCUGGGUUGGUAUACCAUGAAUCCACUGUAGGUGCAGGAUUACCAAUCAUUGGUCCUUUGAAAGAUUUGGUUUUGACUGGAGACAAAAUUGAAACCAUUGAAGGUAUAUUCUCUGGUACAUUGUCCUAUAUCUUCAAUGAGUUCUCAACGCCUGAAAAAUCAGAUGUCAAGUUCUCUGACAUUGUCAAAAAGGCGAAAAAUUUGGGAUACACCGAACCUGAUCCAAGAGACGACUUGAAUGGGUUGGACGUGGCAAGAAAGGUUACUAUUCUUGCUCGUUUAUCAGGAUUUGAAGUUGAAAGUCCAACUAGCUUUCCGGUUGAAAGUUUAAUUCCAAAAGAAUUGGAAGGUGUCGCUAGCGCUAGCGAGUUUUUGCAAAGAUUGUCUGAAUUUGACAACGAGAUCCAAAAGACCAAAGACGACGCAUUUGAAAACGGUAAAGUUUUGAGAUUUGUUGGAAAAGUCGAUUUCAAAAACAAUAAAGUUUCAGUAGAAAUUGGCAAAUACCCAUUUGACCAUUCCUUUGCUUCGUUGAAAGGUAGCGAUAACGUCGUGGCCAUUAAAACAGAGAGAUAUCCAAAUCCAUUAAUUGUUCAAGGAGCAGGUGCUGGUUCUGAGGUCACAGCCCACGGAGUAUUGGCCGAUACUAUAAAGAUUGCAGAGAGAAUUGCAAAUUAA